UGAUUCAAAUGCACUCAAUCUCUUUUCCAAUUUUCUAACAAUUUUCCCAGUUACUUUCCUUACCUAACCCUGCUACUCCUUUUCAUACAUAUAAAUAAUCAUAAUUUUGUCCAUUCUUCCAACUACACCCGCAACCAAAGGCAAAGUCCUGAGCUUUAACGCGCUGUGCUUCGAUUUAAACGUACCCAGUUUCAUUUUUUAUUCUAAAAUCCAAUGUUUGAGGUUUGGAAAUAGAGUGGAAGAAUUUGAUAUUGGGGUGAUGGAUCAGGCAAAAAGCAAAGGCAGUGGUGAGAUAUUGGAUCAUGUUGAUGAAAGGGUGGAUGAGAAUUUGAACCAAAUGGUUGAAGGAAAUGCAAUCGAUGCAGGAGAUGGACAUAGCUUGGGUGACAGAGUGAGUGUAAUCGGGGAAGAUGUCACUUCAGAAGAGAUGUGCAAUGAUCUUGGAUUGAAUAGGGAGCUAAAGAAGGGUCCUCAAGAAGUUGAUGAUCAGGACAUGGGUGACCCACAAGAAAUUGAUACAAUGCAUGGGGUUGAUCAAGGAACUAGUUAUAGUUCAAGAAAUUUGGUUAAUGGCGAAGUACUUGAAACUUGUGUUUUAAUAGAUCCUUUUGCUCAGAUUGAGUGUGUCAAUGGAGAUAAUAGGAAAUUGGAAGCAAAUCACAAUGAAUCAGGGUUGAGCAAGGUGUCCAUAAAAGCACCCAAAGGGGUGUCUGAGACAGAUAAAAAUUCAUGUGUGAUUGAUAUAAACCGUGACAGCUGCGAUGGUUUUAGUGAGAAUUUGGAAGGUGAAAUGGUUUGUAGGAUUUGCCAUCUGGCCUCUGGGCAACCAUUAGAAGCAGUAGCUGUUGGCACUGCAGAUGGUGCUACUACCAAUACAGAUUUGAUUCAGCUUGGUUGUGCAUGUAAAGAUGAGCUAGGCAUUGCGCACAGUCAUUGUGCUGAGGCAUGGUUCAAGCUUAAAGGAAACAGACUUCUCUGGGGUGAGUUGAGCAAAUGCAUCCAGACACAGUCAGUUUUCUUAGAGAUAUUAGCAAAAGGCUUGGCUUUGAGUGUGUGUGAGCUGAGGCCAAUUGACAUCCAAAUGAUGGCAUCAGGUUGUGUGAAAUAUGUGGUGAGACUGCAAAAAAUGUUUCAGAUGUCACGGAUAAUGGAUUUGUUGAAGAGUGGAAUGAAACAAGAUUCAUGGAAACUGAGAAUACCUCAUCCAGCAGGUUUGGUGGAUGCUGGCGCGGACAACCAUUUUGUAACUUCUUAAUGGCAUGCCUGGUAAUAGCUUUUGUCCUGCCGUGGUUCUUUCGUGUAAAUAUGUUCUAGUGGAGGAGUCAAACACAAUUCUUCCCUUCAAAUCUUCAUCCCUGCCUAUAUGAUGAUUGCAUCAAUCAUCAAUGGUUCCUGGCAUAUUCUUUCUCUGAAGGGGUGGUAAUGCUUAACCAUGUUCAAGCUCACAUUUCUCAGGGUGUAGUACCCUGAAGCCUUGAAAUUUGGUUGUAAAGAAAGUUACCAACUUGGCAAGUUAUGGUCAAAAUGUUUCCUUAUUGCAUUCUUUUGAUUGGAGUGCGUGUGGUGUUCUGAGAUAUAUAUAUAAUAGCGGGAUCAAUUUAAUAUGUGAGAAGCAAAGAAGAUAUUUUACUUAUAUGUUAGAAACAGUACAUUAUUGGCUGUAAAACAAGCAAACAGAAAAGAGCCUCCUUCAUUUUCCUUCUCUCUUUUUUCUUUCUUUAAUCUCUGUUGACUUGUUUGCUAGUAUAAAGUUCAAAGAAUCCAAUGUCAUUUAUUGUCAUUAACGUGUUUA